AUGAAAGGUGGCUGUGCCUCCCAGUGGAAGGCGGCCGCCGGGCUUCUCUUCUGUGUCGUGGUUUUUGCAUCGGCCAAGAGACCGGUCUUCACGAAUAAUUUUCUUGUGGAGUUGCAUAAAGGAGGAGAUGAAGAAGCUCGCCAACUUGCAGCAGAACACGGCUUUGGAGUCCGAAAGCUCCCUUUCACUGAAGGCCUGUACCACUUUUAUCACAAUGGCCUUGCAAAGGCCAGGAGAAAACGCAGCCUACACCACAAGCAGCUGCUGGAGAGAGACCCCAGGGUAAAGAUGGCCUUGCAACAAGAAGGAUUCCAACGGAAAAAGCGAGGGUAUAGAGAUAUCAAUGAGAUCGAUAUCAACAUGAAUGAUCCUCUUUUUACAAAGCAAUGGUAUCUGAUCAAUACUGGACAAGCCGAUGGCACUCCUGGCCUUGAUUUGAAUGUGGCAGAAGCCUGGGAGCUGGGCUACACAGGGAAAGGUGUUACCAUUGGAAUUAUGGAUGAUGGGAUUGACUAUCUCCACCCAGACCUGGCCUCAAAUUACAAUGCCGAAGCAAGUUAUGACUUCAGUAGCAACGACCCCUAUCCUUACCCUCGAUACACAGACGACUGGUUUAACAGCCAUGGGACCCGAUGUGCAGGGGAAGUUUCUGCUGCAGCCAACAACAACAUCUGUGGGGUCGGGGUGGCAUACAACUCCAAGGUCGCAGGUAUCCGGAUGCUGGACCAGCCGUUCAUGACGGACAUCAUCGAGGCCUCCUCCAUCAGCCACAUGCCCCAGCUGAUCGACAUCUACAGCGCCAGCUGGGGCCCCACAGACAACGGGAAGACGGUGGACGGGCCCCGGGAGCUGACGCUCCAGGCGAUGGCGGAUGGUGUGAACAAGGGCCGAGGCGGCAAAGGCAGCAUCUACGUGUGGGCCUCUGGGGACGGCGGCAGCUACGACGACUGCAACUGCGAUGGCUAUGCCUCAAGCAUGUGGACCAUCUCCAUCAACUCAGCCAUCAACGACGGUAGGACGGCCUUGUACGACGAGAGCUGCUCCUCCACCUUGGCCUCCACCUUCAGCAAUGGCAGAAAGAGGAACCCCGAGGCGGGAGUGGCAACCACAGACUUGUAUGGCAACUGCACUCUGAGGCAUUCUGGGACAUCUGCAGCAGCUCCAGAGGCCGCUGGAGUGUUUGCUCUGGCUCUAGAGGCUAAUCUGGGUCUCACCUGGAGAGACAUGCAGCAUCUGACUGUGCUCACCUCCAAACGAAACCAGCUUCAUGAUGAGGUUCAUCAGUGGAGGCGGAAUGGGGUCGGCCUGGAGUUUAAUCACCUCUUUGGCUACGGGGUCCUUGACGCAGGCGCCAUGGUGAAGAUGGCUAAAGACUGGAAAACGGUGCCAGAGAGAUUCCACUGUGUGGGCGGCUCCGUGCAGGAUCCUGAGAAAAUACCAUCCACUGGCAAGUUGGUGCUGACCCUCACCACCGAUGCGUGUGAAGGGAAGGAAAAUUUUGUCCGCUACCUUGAGCAUGUCCAAGCUGUCAUCACAGUCAAUGCAACCAGGAGAGGAGACCUGAACAUCAACAUGACUUCCCCUAUGGGCACCAAGUCCAUUUUGCUGAGCCGGCGUCCAAGGGAUGAUGACUCCAAGGUGGGCUUUGACAAGUGGCCUUUCAUGACCACCCACACGUGGGGGGAAGACGCCCGAGGAACCUGGACCCUGGAGCUGGGGUUUGUCGGGAGCGCACCUCAGAAGGGGGUGUUGAAGGAGUGGACCCUGAUGCUGCAUGGCACGCAGAGUGCCCCUUACAUUGAUCAGGUCGUGAGGGAUUACCAGUCCAAGCUGGCCAUGUCCAAGAAGGAGGAGCUGGAGGAGGAGCUGGAUGAAGCUGUGGAGAGAAGCCUGAAAAGCAUCCUGCACAAGAACUAGUGCUGCACUCUGGCUCCGGCGCCUCCCCCUUCUCCCCCAUCUCCGCCUCUCUGUCCUUGCUCCAUUCUUUGUCAGGCACCUAGCAAUUCCAACUUCUUGAUCUGAAGCUUCACUCACUGUCAAUGAUUAUUUUCUUUACAAUGGAAGUAAUCUUUUUUAUUCUA